CCUUCACGGGGCCGUAUGUGUACCAACUGCAGUCGGUGAUAUGCGACGCAGACUUGCGUUCGCUGCUGCGUACCAUGGGCUAUUCAAGAGACCAGGAAUUACAGUACCACGUUAGGGACCAUCCAGGUGGAGCCUCCCACCUCCGGCAGCUCGCCUUCGAACUGCUCCUCGCCCAGGCUGAAUGCCGUCUGCUCGGCGAGGUGGUGUCCAUGUCUCGGGGCUUUGCCUCGGAGCUGGAGGCCAUGGAGGUGAGGAGGAACACCAGAGAAGAUGCAGCAGGGUGCGCUGACGCCCUCCGCCGACGAGACAGCCUUACAGGAGACUUGUCCCGCCUGUCGGUGCGGCCGGUGGAUAUCGACCGCGCCCACCUAAGGCGAAGCGGCCGGCCGUCCAAGUCGGUGGAUGUAACAGACAGUGCAGGACACUGGCACCAAGCCAGCAAGCCUGUGCUGAAGGCCUCGCUCAGCCUGCGCAAAGAGCCACUGUUCGUCGACACGGAAGAAGACUUGAAGGAUGAAAUCAUCCGACCAAGCCCUUCGCUUUACCCUGUGGCAGCGCCGCCCUCUUACAGCCCAGUGGCCGACUUCUUCCCGAUUCAGUCGCCCCCGUCUGAGCCAUACUCCUACCACUUGUCCUCCCUGGAUGAGGUGGACUUGUACACUGAACGGGGUUUGGGUGGCCACCAGACGCCCUCUAGGCCACAGAGCCGGGAGCCUCGAGAGUCCCGGGACAGUUGGGUUCUGAAGGGACAUGUGAUGAAGUGCCAGGGCUGCGGCAUGGGCUGUCCUUCGCUCUCCUCUUGCCAGAGGUGCGACAUGAUCUUGUGUUCGUCCUGCCAUGCAGUGGAACCGGCACCUUGUUGUGGCUUCCAGGAUUACACUAAAACUUCCCGCCCUUUGGAUGGCUACAUGCCCAUCAAGGAGAAGUUGUCGGUCUACUCCAACGCUCACUCGCACACUCACCCUCACCCACUUCCCCACGCUCAGUCCCACUCGCUGUUGCUGGACAAAGCUGUGAUGAGCACCAAGCUGUUUCCCAGUAAAGCCGUGGGUUCGGGCAGCAGUCCGGUGGUCAGCUCCAUCAGCAGUGGGGGUGAGCGGCUGAGUGUGGGCGGCUCCCGCUGUGGCUUUUGCAACAAGCCAGGGGCCUCUCACACCUGUGUGAACUGCUCCAAGGUGUCAUGUGAGAUGUGCAUGAGCCUUUACGGCAGUGAUGUGUGCACCCGCAAAAAUCCUCAUCAUAACUUUGUGCCCAAUCAUCAGCUCAAUUUCAAGUCCAGCACCAUAUCCCACCUCGUGUAUCGAUAGACCAGGAGCACAGUUGUGCACUACACCUCUGUUGAUCUUUUGAUCUCUGCUUUUUCCACCCUUGUUUUUUUUAUUUAACUCUUCCUGCUUCCUUUCUCAGUUGGCAGUUGUUUGGUUUUGGUCAUGUGAUAUUGCAGUGCAUUUCCUGUCCCUCAGUAUUUCUACUUUAUCAAGGAAAACAAAAAAAGUCGUUUGACCGGAGAAUUCCAUUCAGUAUCAAUGCUUGUUAACUUGAAAAGUAACCAUGCAGCGCAUAGAAACUGUGAAUGUUUAACAGAGACUUCAAACCCUGCAAUUGAAUCGAAACAAAGGCAGUAUAUCAUUCUGUCUACAUCUCCUUUAUUUCAGAGAUUUUGAUUCCAGUCACCUGAAGGCUGCACUCAAUGCAGGACUCGAUGCUUAAUGACUGUACACAGCAUAAAGCGAGGGCCAAAAAAAUCUGUCAGGGAAACAGAAACUAGCACAAGACAUAAAGAUGGCAUGUUCUUACGAAGUAACGUCAGUAUGUGUUUUUGAUUUAGUGGAACGAGUGUUAAUGGUACUAAACAGCUGCCAGGAAUAAUCUGAUUGGAUUUUACACUCAUGUGACAGCAUGGUUAACCAAUCAAACUGUAAUGUGCCAAACACCCUCAGGCUGUGAAGACAGAACCUGCUCAUCUCUGCGUGGUAACUGAGCCAUUUGAAAGUGUUUUAACUCCGAGUGAUGGAUAACCUGUGU